CGCUUCGCUUAGCUCGCCGUCACCAUGGCGACCUCCACCUUCUCUCCGCGCCCCGCCACCCUCAAGCCCCUGCGGGCACGCGCCAAGCCCGCCGGCCUCCAGCUCCACCUCCUCCCCUUCCCGCGCCUCCGCGUCGCCUGCGCCACCGCCGCCGGGGAGGCGCCGCCCGUUGAGCAGCGGGACGAGGUGGAGCCGGCCUCUGCCGCGGCAUCCAACGGGACUGCCGUUAAGGUCGAGGCGUCCGCCGCGAAGCCCGAGUCCCCGCCCGCGCCCGCGCCGGUCCCGGCCUUCCGCGACGCCAGGUGGGUCAACGGCACCUGGGACCUCACCAAGUUCGACAAGGGCGGCGGCGUCGACUGGGACGCCGUCAUCGACGCCGAGGCCAGGAGAAGGAAAUGGCUCGAAGACUACCCGGAGGCGACGAGCACAGACGAUGCCGUCGUCUUCGACACCUCCAUUAUCCCGUGGUGGGCAUGGAUGAAGCGGUUCCACCUUCCUGAAGCCGAGAAGCUAAACGGUCGGGCCGCCAUGGUUGGCUUCUUCAUGGCCUACUUCGUGGACAGCUUGACGGGCGUGGGCCUCGUCGACCAGAUGGGCAACUUCUUCUGCAAGACGCUGCUGUUCGUCGCCGUCGCCGGCGUGCUGCUGGUCAGGAAGAACGAGGACGUGGAGUCGCUCAAGAAGCUCAUCGACGAGACUACGUUCUACGACAGGCAGUGGCAGGCUACCUGGCAAGAUGACCCAACCGAGGGGCCAAAGAAUUAGUUCGGCGUUGGGGGUGCAAACGCAGAAUGCUCGCUUCUUGUGGUGUGUCUUUGCCUCUUUCUUCGGCCCCUUUUUGUUUCACCGUUUAGUCAGGCUUGGAGGAACUUUUUGAUGAACGUCAUAAUCUAUCUACGUGAUCUUGUGCAAAAACAAAAGGUAUGGGAGUACUUUCUGUGCUAGAGAUAAUAAUCAUGUUGCAGUUUCACUGGUU